CGCGCAGGGACUGGGACGCUGGGCUCCGCCCGGACUCAGCCGAUCGGCGAUCCCUUCGCCUUCGCAACUUCAGUAUAAACAAGAGAGGCUGAAAACUUGGCGUUUUCUGGCCGAGGACUUGCCGGGGGCGCGAUCAUCUUUGUGGUCCAGCCUGUCGGCGCACCUUCUUCACCUGGCUUCUCCACCUUCAACCUUGUCGUCGCCUCGAGUCCGACAUCAUCACACCUCCAUCACGCCCCAGCGGGCCGGUGCCGAGACAUGUCCGCCCCCCUGGGGUCUCGACGUCUCCGCGGACAGAACAGCGAGUCCGGCGGGAACUGAGCUCGUCCUGCGCGUCGGACACACGUGGGUGGGGAUGUGUGUUUGCGAGAAGAAGGUCAUGACGCCGAGCGGAUGAUGCCCGGCUGAAGUUGCCUUCUUCUUCGCCCCGCUGAAUGGACGCGGUGUCCGUGGGAGGAUCACCGUGGGCUGCGACGCCGCGGCGCUGAUUCACGGUAUGCGUGGAAGCACCUCGUUUAAAGCCAUGCGCGCGCCGCUGCUGUGGAUCGUGUUUGCCCUGUCGUGGGGCGUGGACGUGUCCGCGCAGAGGGAGCACUAUAAAACGAGGGCUGAUGAUUUUUCGAGGAAGAGCCGCCUCUACGAGCGAUCGGUGCUCGGUGGCGGACAGAGGUGGCGCGGGGCACGCGGGCGGUCACUGCACGAGGCGAGCGACGAAAGGGGACACGACGCUACAGGUGUCUCCUCCUGGGGUCUUUUCGGCACCGGGCUGGACAGACCGAGCCGAGGGUUCGCCGAAACGGCGAGCUCAGCAAAGCGCCGCGGAAGCAGCGCCGAGGGGGCGGCCGCGAGCCUCCGGAGUCCAGAGAUACCUGCUGCCAUGGAAACGCCGGGCGGAUGCUGCGCCGCCUCCUCCUCCUCCUCCUCCUCCACGCGGUGGAUGGCGCGCGAGCGAGCGUGGCGCGCGAUGAGCAACAGGCGCAAGAGAGGCACGGUGGACAGGUGGAAGAAGACCUUCAAGAGUGGACGGAAGAGGUCGAGCAAAACCCCUCACGUGCACAUAGGUGCUGACACUCUGCUGGACGGUGUCCAUGGCGCCUGGGAGCCCUUGCCCAGACCUCUGGCUCUGAAUCAGUCCACGAAUAAACCGCCGGACAUGACUCGAUCCCAUGACCUAUUCACGGCACCGGGCGACUUCUUCAGGAAGACCACUCUACCCAUGCCGCUGACCACGCAGGACAAGUCUAAGGACGCGAGGAACCCCUUCUACCCCGUGACGCACGACUCGUUCGGAGCGUACGCAACCAUGUGCGUGUCCGUGGUCAUCUUCACCGUGGGCAUCCUGGGGAACAUAGCCAUCAUGUGCAUCGUGUGCCACAACUACUACAUGAGGAGCAUCUCCAACUCUCUUCUAGCCAACCUGGCUCUGUGGGACUUCCUGAUCAUCUUCUUCUGCCUGCCUCUGGUCGUGUUCCACGAGCUCACCAAGAACUGGCUGCUGGGAGACUUUUCCUGCAAAAUCAUACCCUAUAUUGAGGUGGCGUCCCUGGGCGUGACCACCUUCACGCUCUGCGCCCUGUGCAUCGACCGCUUCCGCGCCGCCACCAACGUGCAGAUGUACUACGAGAUGAUGGAGAGCUGCGCCUCCACCUCAGCCAAGCUGGCCGUGAUCUGGGUGGGGGCACUCCUACUGGCGCUGCCCGAGCUCCUCCUGCGGCAGCUCGAGAGGGAGGAGGGCGAACCGGCGGCCGUGCGGCCCUGCGAACGCUGCGUGGUGCGUGUUUCCCCCGAGCUGCCCGACACGGUCUACGUGCUGGCGCUCACCUACGAGGGCGCGCGCCUCUGGUGGUACUUCGGCUGCUACUUCUGCCUGCCCACCCUAUUCACCAUCGGCAGCUCGCUGGCCACGGCGCGCAAAAUUCGCCAGGCAGAGAGGGCCUGCGUGCGCGGCAGCAAGAAGCAGAUCCGCCUGGAAAGCCAGAUGAACUGCACGGUGGUGGCGCUGGCCAUCCUCUACGGCCUGUGCGUCGUGCCCGAGAACGUGUGCAACAUCGUGUCGGCCUACAUGGCGGCGGGGGUGCCGCCGCGCACCAUGGAGGUACUGCAGCUCGUCGCCCAGCUGCUGCUCUUCUCCAAGUCGGCGGCUGCACCGGCGUUGUUGCUCUGCCUGUGCCGACCGUUCGGCCGCGCCUUCCUGGACUGCUGUUGCUGCUGCUGCUGCUGCUGCGAGGAGUGCGGGCCGGUCCGCUCCUCGGCCGCCACCAGCGACGACAACGAGCACGAGUGCACCACCGAGCUGGAGCUGUCGCCGUUCAGCACCAUCCGCCGUGAGAUGUCUGCAUGUGCAGCCGUGGGGACUCGCUGCUGAGGACACUCUGUCCAUCCGACACCCCUCAGCCCUACAUCUCCAGCGUUUGCUGUAGGGCAGGCACCCUAUUUAUGAUACUGUCUGGUGACCUGAAAUGUCAGAACAUAUCUGCUGAGAUGUGUCUCAUAUUACUGUAUUUUAAGUGCAGGAAAUACACAAAAUACAUUUUUUUUUUCCCCAUGCUCUCGAUGAAGGGGAAAAAAAAAACCUUACAAAGUCUUAUGAAUAUAUCUGGGCUGUGCCCCAAAGUAUAAAAUGUGUGUCAAACAUAUAUGAAUACUUAGCAGUUAUUACUGAUUCUUAUUAUUAUUAUUCUUAUGGUGUAGAAUAAAUCUCUGCCAUUUCAGCGACUGUGAGUGAAUGGGCGGCUACAGGAAAUGGAUCAAUUUAAUACUAACAUUGUCAAAUAUCUGUAAUAUCACAUGUAUUUGAAGAUAUACUGUAAAAAGUAUUCUGGUUGUGGCAAUAAUUUACACAUUUUCUAGUGUGAAG